AUGGCAGAAUUCCGCCAUGAAAUGCCAAACUCCAUUCGUGAGUAUUUUCAGUUCCGUGAUGAUCUGUCUUCUAUAGGCGGCGUCAUAGUUUAUAAGGACCGCAUCGUUAUUCCACCAUCCCUGUUAUCCUCAGUAGCAUUCCUUCACAGCAACUGCAGAGCAGAGCUCGGCGUUAAGACAGUAAAGCGCCUUCUUAUGGACAAUACAAGUCCCUCCGGAACCAUUGACACGGUCUCAUUCCAACGUGCAAUGCUGCAGUAUAGGAACACAUUGGACAGAGACGCAAAGUUAUCUCCGGCGAUGUGCAUCUUUGGCCGUCCUAUUCGAGACUUUAUACUCAUAAUCCCGGGAAAUUAUAGACCUCGUGAAACGUGGCGCAGCACAUGGAAAGCACAUGAAGAGGCCCUGCAGAACCUCCACAUGAGGUGUGCUGAGAGAUUAUCGAAGCAUAUCAAACAGCUGCCACCACUAGUCGUCGGUGAUCAUGUGUGGAUUCAAAACCAAGUUGGACCGUAUGCACGUAAAUGGGAUAAAACUGGGGUAGACAUCGAAGUUCGACCAGUACGUGAUAAGAAGAGUGACACUCCGGAAUGGAAAAUUCUUACGGAAGUAUGUCCCAGUGCAACUCCCUCCCUCAAAGCUGACAAUCGAUAA